GCUCAUAGAGGGUUCGGGGGCGCGGGGCGUGCGACGCCUGCUCAGGCGUCACCAAUGGGGCGCCGCCUCCUCCAGGCCGUGGUCGCCGCCUGCGCGGCGGCCAGCCUCGCGCCGGCCAGCGCGCAGGGCCCCCUGGCGCAGCCGGGCCUGCUCCCGAGGCGGAGGCUGAAAGGUGGCAGCGACAUUCCUCCUCUGCCUGAUGCUGAAGAUGGGGCGUUUGAAGACAUGGAGUGGAGCGCCGAGGACGACGACGUCCCCGCGCCCGCCCCCGGCGCCCACGCGGCGCCGCUGGAUCUCGUGUGGGUACCCGAGGACCCAGAGGCCGCCGAAGCCGCCGAGAAGGCCGCCGAGGCCGCCGAGAAGGACGCUGGCGGAGAGGACGCCGGCGGGGAGCACGCCGGUGGAGAGGACGCCAGCGAGGAGGACGCCAGCGAGGACGCCGCCACCGGGGAGUCGCACGGCGACGCUGCCGAGGCGGCGCAUGACGCGGAGGAGGGCCACGGCGCCGAGGGCCACGCGGAGGAGGGCCACGGCCACGGCCACGAGCCGGCGGACCCCGCCAGGGCGGCCGUCAGCAGGGCGCUGGGCUUCUGUUUGAUGGGGUCGGUGGCUUGGAUCAUGAUGGUGUACUACCAGGUGAACUCCAAGGACGAGGACAUCGCCAAGGCCACUUGGCACAUCUUGAACGACAUGCUGUCGAUCUUCGUCGCCGUGCUCAUCUUUGCAUCUACGAAGCACGUCUCCGUCGACUACUUCGGCGAAGAGGAUGGGCACAACCACAAGCCUCCUGGCAUGCGAUCAUCUUUGAUUGCUGUGGUUCGAUUAUUGAUUUUCUUCGCCCUGGUCCACGUCUUGAUCCACAACGCGUCCAAGCUCGACAGCCCGCUGUGGUCCAUGAAGAGCGUUGGCAUCGUAGGUGGGCAUGUAAUUGGUUUCGCGGCCAUUGAUGUUUUUGGUGGACUGUUGGAGCAGCCGUUCUCCCAAAGCUUCGCAUGUGUCUUUACCGUGGUGGCUUCGAUCGUUCUGUUCAGCGGGCUCUUGUAUCUUUUCUCACACAAGCUGCUGAAGAAACUUGGGGGCGACGAGGAGUAUCACGAGGUGGCCAGGGAGUGCGAUACCGACGGCGCGUGCCUGUGCUACGGCCUCCUCGUCUCGAUGAUUGUGCGCUACGCCAUCGCAGGGCACAUGCCACCGAUACACGGCGCGCCCAAGGACAAGACGACGCAGCAGGUGCUCACGCUGCUGGCGGCCACCGUGGUGUUUGGCGUCCUGGUCGUGGUGAUCGGCAACCAGAUCGUGAAAGCGAGCCAGAAAAAGAGGCCCUCGCCGCUGGCCGAGCACGCCAUGGAGCUGACACAGCUCACGUCGUCCAUGGCCAUGGGCUGGUGCGUGCUGUUCUGGGGCCAGUGGCUCUUCUGGGCUGGGACUGGAGGUCAUGGCGUGGGCACUGGCUCGAGGAUGUCGGCCCGCAUGCUGAUGGCCAUGGUGUUCUCCCUGGCGUGCUUCAUGGCAAUACGGAUCGUGGAUUUCUUCGCCGACAGGGCCAGCAGGAGCACGCAGAAGGGCCUUCGGCAGCUCCUCAGCACCUUCGGCAUUGUCAUGGGGCUGACCUGGGAGGCGUGCUUCACCGAGGCAAUUGAGGGCAUCACGGGAGAUUACCAUGGAACAUACAAGACGGUCGCGGACUUAGGAUUCACGCUCAUCUUGUGCGCGGUCGUGCUGCCCGCGUGGGCCAUGUACAUUCUGCCGAAGGUGCUGGAGGAUGAAGAGGGGAAGAAAGAGAAGCAGAAGGAGACCAACGGAGAUGCAGAGGAGCCCGGCUCAUCUGAUGACGAGAAGAGCUCCAUGGCCGAGUGA